CUUUCUGGAAGCGUACACCAUGACCCAUUCAUGGAGCCUUUUGAUUCGAAUGAUGAAUCUACUAGUUGUGUGAAUUGACUGGAAUGCUUGAUCUUCUACGCCUUACUUCUUUCGACUCCAGUUACCUGUAAAUCUUUAGCUCAUUGCACUAUUAAUCUCAAGAAGUGAGUUACUUUUAAAGUGUCACCAGGACCACGACUUACUAAACAAAGAGCCCGAAUUUGUAAAUGAAUAUCUCCAAAGUCAUUCUCUCAAUUUGAUGAACUAACGGUAAAAUUUUUAUCUAGGCAAUUGAGGUCACCUCAGAAAGCUUCUGAGGCCGUUACAGCCAACAUGUCAAGUACUCGAAGUUUGUCAAUUGGCACCUACAAUGUUCAUAUGUGGACGGAUGAAAACUGUCAAGAUAAUCUCGAGAGAGUCCAGGACAUAAUCAAAAUCCAUGCUCCGGAUGUUUUGUGCCUACAGGAGUCUACUAAGCCUGAGCAUGAUCAAUUCAGCCGUAAAAUGGAGUUCAUGUACCCUCACAGUAUUUGGCAGUUCUGCACAGCCAUAUUCAGCAAGUUCCCACUUGAAAAGACUUUGGAGCGUUUCAAGGAUCAUUACGUGAUAGGAAAGGUGAUGGUUCCACAUUUGGAUACGCCCAUCUACAUCACUUGCCUACAUCUCAAUCACAGGUCAGAACAAUUUCGUCUGGCCCAAAUCGACCACAUUCACAAAACUUGUGAGACAUACUUAAAAGAUCAGAACCCCCUCAUCUGGACCGGCGAUUUCAAUGCCCUCAGCCGAGAUGAAUAUACUGAGUCUCAUUGGGCAGAGCUGUCCGAGACCAGGCGGAAGAAUGCUUGGGAAUCACCUCAUGUAGAUGUCACAAACAAGAUCAAGUCAUUGGGAUUCCAUGAUCUUUGGAUGAAAGCGGGUGAGCCCAAGCCUGUAGGGACUUGCCGAUUUGGCACCCGCAUUGAUUACGUCUACGCUUCGCCAGGGUGGAUGAAUCUGUUCCAAUUAGUUUCUGUGGAUCACGUGGACAGCACGGCUAGUGAUCAUAGAAUGGUGAUGGCCAAGUUCACCUUCUAAAGCCGUGAAAUCCAAUUCCAACCCAAUGGACAUCAAUGCCUUCAUUGACUUACUUACUCUUUCCGAGUUCAUUACUUACGGCAUUUCCGGCAUUUCAAUGUCUUGAGGGUGACCAAAUAUCAGUAUUGGAAUGACUAUCGAAAUAGUAUUGAUGAUAUUAUCGACACAAAGCAAUUGAUUUGUGAUGCUGAAGUGUUUUGUAGACUAAUUUUCUAUAACCCACUAAUCUGUUAUGAUCAUGAACUGGCCCAAUAAAUGAUUGUGUUUGAUUUUGAA